CCCGCCCGUGUCCCCCGUGUGAAGCUCUGGGUCUUCAGGACCUGCCACCCAAUGGCGUCCGGUGCUACGGCUGUGACGGCCACGAGUGCUCCUCCUCCGACGCGGCCCUCAUCGACUGCCGUGGACCCAUGACCCAGUGCCUGGAGGCCUCGGGCGUGGACGCGCAGGGAAACCGGAGCCACACCGUGCGGGGCUGCGCCACGGCGUCCUGGUGCCAGGGCUCCCACGCGGCGGACGCCUUCCUCCUGAGCCGGCUGCGCGUGGCCUGCUGCCAGGGCAGCGGCUGCAACCGGCCCUCGGGCGGCGGGGCCGGCCCGGCGCGCCUGGGCCUCGGCGCCUGCCUGCUGGCUGCCCUCGCCCUCGGCGCCGGAGCCGGGCCUGCGUCCUCGUGGGCCUGAGCGUGCCCCGGCGGCGCCCUCCUGGCCCUCCCUCCGUCCCCUGCGUCCUCGUGGGCCUGAGCGUGCCCCGGCGGCGUCCUGCACCGAGAACCAGAAGGGACGUGGCUGCGGGCAGCGUCGUCCUGGCUGAGUUAACGCUGCUGCUGUUGUGUUCGUCACGUUAUUUAUUUUAAGUGUAAAUAAAUAAAUGGAAGAUUUUUGUACCAGUGAA